AGCUUGCCGAUCGGAAAAUUCAAGGAUCAGGACACGCUUACAUCUAAUUGCCCAUUAGAUGUAGUAUUAGUCUACUCGCUGCGAGCUCAACUGCCGCUGCUACGAAUCUUCUUACGACUAGCGAGCUAGAUCGCUCCUGAUACUGAUACUGAUAACUCCAGUUCUCUGCUCCCACACCUGCACCCACUGCAUGCGUCAUGCGUGUGUGUAUAUAAGGCAGCUAUCCCCUUCACCAAGUCAUCACAAGCAUCUGCCAAAGAUCGAUCAGUUGCUACCCAGACCAUUCUAGCCUUGCCUCGAACACCAACAUUUCCCCAUCGAGUUCCUGUUUCUCCUUCAUAGGCAUCUAGCAACCCAGCAGCAAGCAAUGAAGCAAAAGAUUGUCAUUCAGUUGAGCAUAUCGUGCGACAAACGCCGGUCCAAAGCACUGACGUUGGCCUCCAGAGCAGCCGGGGUGACGUCCAUGGGGAUUACCGGCGACGCCAGGGACCAGCUGGAGGUGGUCGGCGACGGCGUCGACCCGGUGUGCCUCGUCAGCUGCCUCCGCAAGAAGCUCGGCCACGCCCAAAUCAUCAAGGUGGAGGAAGUGAAGAAGCCGGAGGAGAAGAAGAAGGAUGAACCCAAGCCAGAGCCCGUGCACGUGUACCCGCCGCCGUGCUACUACCCGCCCAGCUACUACCACCACCAGUACCAGCAGCCGCACAUGGUCGUUUGCGAGGAAGAGCCCAGCAACUGCCGGACCAUGUAAUUAAUUGCCAGGGAACGAUUUUGACAGCAU